CCCCCUCCCCCGCCCCCGGAGUCCGCUCGAGGACCCCCCCCCCCCGAGUUCCCCCGUGUCCAUGUCCGCGUCCCCUGGAGGAACCCGGGAUUGAGGAGUUUUUUCUUUGUCUCCAGAUCCCAGUAGGCUUCUGUUGGAUCACCUCUUCGGAACCAGCAUCUUCCUCGAGCUUUCUGUUUAGUUCUCUGCUGUCUGGUGCUGGGGCAACCGGGGUCAGGUCAGCAUGGCAGAGACCUUGGAAUUCAAUGAUAUCUACCAGGAGGUGAAAGGUUCUAUGAAUGAUGGUCGUCUUCGGUUGAGCCGCCAAGGUAUAAUCUUCAAGAACAGUAAGACAGGCAAAGUGGACAACAUUCAGGCUGGGGAGCUGACUGAGGGCAUCUGGCGACGGGUGGCUCUGGGCCAUGGCCUCAAACUUCUUACUAAGAAUGGCCACUUCUAUAAGUAUGAUGGCUUCCGGGAAUCGGAGUUUGAGAAACUAUCAGAUUUCUUCAAAUCACACUAUCGUUUGGAGUUGGUAGAGAAGGAUCUGUGUGUGAAGGGCUGGAACUGGGGCACAGUAAAGUUCGGUGGGCAGCUCCUGUCUUUUGAUAUCGGUGAGCAGCCGGUCUUUGAGAUCCCUCUCAGUAACGUAUCCCAGUGCACCACAGGCAAGAACGAGGUGACUCUAGAGUUUCACCAGAACGAUGAUGCAGAGGUCUCCUUGAUGGAGGUGCGCUUCUACGUGCCACCCACUCAGGAAGACGGCGUUGACCCUGUUGAGGCUUUUGCCCAGAACGUGCUGUCUAAGGCAGAUGUGAUCCAGGCCACUGGAGACGCCAUCUGUAUCUUCCGGGAGUUGCAGUGCUUGACACCCCGAGGUCGCUAUGACAUCCGCAUCUACCCCACCUUCCUGCAUCUCCAUGGCAAGACCUUCGAUUACAAAAUCCCAUAUACCACCGUGUUACGACUUUUCUUACUACCUCACAAGGACCAGCGCCAAAUGUUCUUUGUGAUCAGCCUAGACCCGCCCAUCAAGCAGGGCCAGACCCGUUAUCACUUCCUGAUCCUUCUCUUCUCCAAGGAUGAGGAUAUCUCACUGACCCUCAACAUGAAUGAGGAUGAGGUGGAGAAGCGUUUUGAGGGUCGUCUUACCAAGAACAUGUCUGGGUCCCUCUAUGAGAUGGUCAGCCGCGUCAUGAAAGCCUUAGUGAACCGCAAGAUCACAGUGCCCGGCAACUUCCAGGGGCACUCAGGGGCCCAGUGCAUCACCUGUUCCUACAAGGCCAGCUCAGGAUUGCUGUACCCACUGGAGCGGGGCUUCAUCUACGUACAUAAGCCACCUGUACACAUUCGAUUUGAUGAGAUCUCCUUCGUCAAUUUUGCCCGUGGCACUACCACUACUCGCUCCUUUGACUUUGAAAUUGAGACAAAGCAGGGCACACAGUAUACCUUCAGCAGUAUUGAGAGGGAGGAGUAUGGGAAGCUGUUUGAUUUUGUGAAUGCCAAGAAACUCAACAUCAAAAACCGAGGAUUGAAAGAGGGCAUUAAUCCGAGCUAUGAUGAGUAUGCUGACUCAGAUGAAGAUCAGCAUGAUGCCUACCUUGAGCGGAUGAAGGAAGAGGGCAAGAUCCGUGAGGAGAAUGCCAAUGACAGCAGUGACGACUCAGGAGACGAGACUGAUGAGUCAUUCAACCCUGGGGAUGAGGAGGAUGACGUUGCAGAGGAGUUUGACAGCAAUGCGUCUGCCAGCUCCUCCAGUAAUGAGGGCGACAGCGACAGGGAUGAAAAGAAGAAGAAACUGGCCAAGAAAGCUAAGAUCGUCAAGGAACGAAAGUCCCGGAAGAAGCCUGUGGAGGGGAAGAAGGGCAAAGAUCCCAAUGCCCCAAAGAGGCCCAUGUCUGCCUACAUGUUGUGGCUUAAUGCUAGUCGGGAAAAGAUCAAGUCGGACCACCCAGGCAUCAGCAUCACUGAUCUCUCUAAGAAAGCAGGGGAGAUCUGGAAGGGGAUGAGCAAAGAGAAGAAAGAGGAAUGGGACCGAAAGGCCGAGGAAGCCAAGAGGGAAUAUGAGAAGGCCAUGAAGGAAUACAGUGAAGGGGGCCGAGCUGAGUCGUCUUACAGGAAGGAUAAGUCAAAGAAGAAGAAGAAAGGAAAGGUGAAGGUGGAGAAAAAAUCCACACCUUCCAAAGGCGCGUCCAAGUCUUCAUCCAAACAACUGAGUGAGAGCUUCAAGAGCAGAGAAUUUGUGUCAAGUGAUGAGAGUUCUUCAGGCGAGAACAAAAGCAAAAAGAAGAGGAGGAGGAGUGAGGAUUCUGAAGAAGAGGAGGAGCUGGCCAGCACACCUCCCAGCUCCGAAGAAUCGGGAUCCGGCUCAGAUGAGGAGUAGAGGGAGCAGCACUUUCUUCUCUGCUGUCCCUGUCACCCUCCCAACUCCCCGUCCGCAGUUUCCAUCCAUACCCUGUUACCAGCAGCCCCUAAACUGAGAAGCCAUCCCUGGACUCAGCUCGCAGGGCAGCCCUCCUUGAUUUGUGGACUUGAGUGACUGGGCAGGGAGGGUCUGUUUCCUGUGCUGCUUCACAGGGAUGACACAGUUGAAUUUGGGAAGGUGAAGGUUGGAGCAUGGGUUAUGUGGGACCUACAAGCUUCACCCAGGCUCUCCUCUCCACGGUACUGCCAGCUGAUCCCUUCUCUGUCCCUUGGCAACUCAUGGGACACUGCAGCAGGGGCCACGCACAGGGUCGGCCUUGUCGCCCCUUGCUGGGGCCUAUUUCUAUUUUUAUUUUGUAUUUCUGGUCAGUGGAAGUCACACACACAAAAAAAGAUUUAAUAAAGCAAAGUGACUUUAACAGCCAUGUUCAAAUGGACCUCCUCAA